CGGGUUCAGGGCGUCCGGAGGGCGGCAGCCCGGGCACGCCGAGCGGCCCGAGGGGCAGGUCCUCGGCGGUCGCGGCGAACCAGGCGGCGGCCCGAGCGCAGCCCUGGGGCCCCGCACGGCGACAGUGACAGCGGCGAGGGGACGCGGCGUGCCCGCGAGUGGUCGCCGACGGGGAUCCGCGCCGCGCUCCUCGGGGACCCCGCGGGAGCCGGGCGCUCGCCUCCUGGAAGCCACCGAGGGCGCCCAGACCUCGGCGGAUUGAACAGAAACUGCUCUUCCAUUGAUUCGGCCGGGCUGGGCGAGCGGCCGGGCGCGUGUGCCCCGAGCUCGUGCGGAAGGCAGAAGGGCAGGAAGUCGGUCUUCUGCAGCGAGGGUGGCGGCACCUAGCAGGCGACAGAGCCUUCCUUAUUUAUGUGCCUGCCGGCAUUUGCCUUCUUCGCCUCAAGACUUCAGGGAGCGUCUCUGAGCUGCGUUCCCCGCGUGUGAGGCACAGAAGGAAGGGCUGGAUGUCUGAACAACAUGAUUAUCCAUUAACCUCCAAACUUUUCUUUUUUUAACCCAAAGAAUAUCGGUGAUUUUUGUCCACUGCUAGCAGAAGAAGAGAGAACCCAGGGCCCUUGAAAUGCAGCAAAAUCCUUAUUUAUAAUCAGGCCCGAGGUAGUGAUAUGCAAACCCCCUCUACUCAGUGAAUUUUCUAUCCUAUGGAUAUCAGUCUUGAGAUUUGAGAUUGGAGAGCUGUACCGUCUGCACUGCGUCCGGCAGCCUCCAUCCUUUCAAUGCCCGAUUUUCUCUGGGACUGCUGGCCUUCCCUGGAGAUCAGACUCGUACUGUGUGCCAUGGGCUGUAUUCAGAGCAUCGGGGGCAAAGCCAGAGUCUUCCGGGAAGGCAUCACGGUGAUCGACGUCAAGGCCUCUAUCGAUCCCGUCCCCACCAGCAUCGAUGAGUCCUCCAGCGUGGUGCUCCGCUACCGGACACCCCACUUCCGUGCCUCGGCCCAGGUGGUCAUGCCGCCCAUCCCCAAGAAGGAGACCUGGAUAGUUGGCUGGAUUCAGGCGUGCAGCCACAUGGAGUUCUACAACCAGUAUGGGGAGCAGGGCAUGUCUAGCUGGGAGCUCCCAGACCUCCAGGAGGGCAAGAUUGAGGCCAUCAGCGACUCGGACGGGGUGAACUACCCCUGGUACGGGAACACCACGGAGACCUGCACCAUCGUGGGCCCCACCAAGAGAGACUCCAAGUUCAUCAUCAGCAUGAAUGACAACUUUUACCCCAGCGUCACGUGGGCCGUGCCCGUCAGCGAUAGCAAUGUGGCCAAGCUGACCAACGUCUACCGGGACCAGAGCUUCAUCACGUGGCUGGUAGCCACCAACACCUCGACCAACGACAUGAUCAUUCUGCAGACGCUGCACUGGCGCAUGCAGCUCAGCAUCGAGGUGAACCCCAACCGGCCCCUGGGCCAGCGCGCCCGGCUGCGGGAGCCCAUCGCCCAGGACCAGCCCAAAAUCCUGAGCAAGAAUGAGCCCAUCCCGCCCAGCGCCCUGGUCAAGCCCAAUGCCAACGACGCUCAGGUCCUCAUGUGGCGGCCCAAGUACGGGCCGGCGCUGGUGGUGAUCCCGCCCAAGCACCGGUAACAGCCAGGGCACCCGCGAGGUGACCCCCAAAUAAUAACACCACGCAAACACCCCGCACGGACUCUGCAGUCCUUCAGCAAAAUACAACCUUUCUACCUUCUCCAGCGGGCGGAUCUCACUGUGCGAACGCGCGGCGAUGGCCCCCCGCCCUCCUGGGACCUGCUUCCCUGGUGGAGAAGGGAGACCCAGGCGGGACCGACCACUCCACGUGCGCCCUCAGUGUCACCUUGGGUCUCCUUUCCUCUCCUCGCAAUUUCCGUCAUUCACUUGCAACAGACUCCCUGAAACAACUGCUUUUUCUGUUCCUUUUUUUUUUUAACGCCUCUUUAAGAGGUUCAGGGGUGGGACGAGGAGGAGCUGGCGAGGAGCCUGGUCGCACCGCACCGGGGCUGAUCCCACGGGGGCUGAUC